GGAAUGUGGGAAGAGCUUCAGAGACAGCUUCAACCUGAUCCGACACCAGCACAUCCACACUGGGGAACGGCCCUACAUGUGUAGGGAAUGUGGGAAGAGCUUCAGGAACAGCUCUGGCCUGCACGUGCACCGUCGCAUUCACACCGGGGAACGGCCCUACAAGUGUGUUGAGUGUGGGGAAAGCUUCAGGACCAGCUCCAGCCUCCGCUCCCACCAGCUCAUCCACACCGUGGAACGGCCCUACAAGUGCUUGGAAUGUGGGAAGGGGUUUCAGACCAGCUCAGAUCUCCUGAAGCACAAGCCGACACACACAGGGGAGUGGGCCUUCCACUGCACCGACUGUGGGCAGGGCUUCAACCGGAACUCCACCCUUGUCACCCACCAGCGCAUCCACACUGGGGAACGACCCUACAAGUGUGGGGAGUGUGGGAAGAGGUUUACACGCAGCUCACAUCUCAUCCAGCACCAGCAGACUCACACGGAUGAGAGGCCCUUCCGCUGCACCGACUGCGGGAGGAGCUUCAACCAGAACUGCAACCUCAUCAAGCACCGGCGCAUCCACACUGGAGAGAGGCCCUACAAGUGUGGGGAGUGUGGGAAGAGCUUCACUAAUAAGUCUGGCUUGACCCAACACCAACGGACCCACCGGUAAAGGAAACUCCAACUACGGGAAGAGCUUUGGCCGCUGCUUCCACCCCGAAUGAAGCCCCUGAUGUUGAGGCAACCCCUGGAGUCCAGUGACUGUCAGUCCAUCCCUUUCAACCAGAAAGGGCCAGUCCCCUUUCUCAGGGACAGGUUCUGCCAACAGAACCCUUCCUG